AUGCUCGGUUGUUGGUGUGUCUGCAGUGAAAAGAUCAAGGUACAAGACCAUUCGGGACGUGCCACCACAUUUUACAUUCGAGAUCGUCUAGAUCAGGGCGGAUUCAGUACAAUUGAACUGGCUUCUCCGACUCAGAGUAGACAAUUGUUUGUGCUCAAACGAAUCAUUUGUCACUCGAAAGCGGACGAGGAAAAAGCACUUCGUGAGGCUCACUUGCACUUGAAUCUGCCAUCCCACCCGAAUCUGCUUCCCUGCUUCGGAAUAGCGCGCAAAGCUCUUUUGGGUCAUCCCCAAGGUGCUCUAUCUGAAGUCUACCUGAUCCUACAAUAUGCCAAGCAAGGUACGCUACAACGCUAUCUGGAUCAAAGUCGGAUUCGUGCUAACUCGAUCCCCGAUAGACAGGUCACACGUUUGAUGCUGGGCAUUUGUGAAGGACUUUUGGCGUUGUUAUCAUUGCAUAUGCCCCUCGCACAUCGAUUUGAAGCCGGGAAACGUGUUAUUGCUUGGCACCUGGUGCCCAGUUCUCAUGGAUUUCGGCUCAUGUACACCGGCGGUAAUUGA